UCGUAGACAGGGGCCGCGAACGGAGCGCAGUGCGGACGACGAGCGGCGGUUAGUGGAACAUCUGUGGCGCAUAAUGAGUUCAUCCGCGGUCCUGCACGGUGCCUUCUCCUCCUCCGAGCUGUAGCCAGAGCCGCCGCGACGCCGCUUCCCGACGCGUUCACUCGCCUGCCAGAGAUUAGACGCCGCCGAGGGGGGACACAGCCACACAGCCCGCAGAUAACUCCGCGCGUUCCCUCCCUCCGUGGCCCCUGGGGACCAGUGAAGUCAUCCGAGAAGAAGAAGAAGAAGAGUCUUCAUCACCUCCAGAGGAAAAGCAGAUCUCCCUCCUCCUCUUCCUCUUCCUCCUCCACCUCGCUCUCUCCCUCUUUUCUCGUCUUUCAUGGUUUUCUGUCUCCGAGCUUCUUCUCAUCGCUGAACCUCCACCGCUGUCUCCCUCCUCUUCCUCGCUCCCCCCCCCUCCCACCCACCCCCUCGCCUGAAAGAUGCCGGAUCAGAUAUCGGUGUCCGAGUUCCUGUCGGAGACGACAGAGGAUUACAAUUCCCCGACUACAUCCAGCUUCACCACCCGCCUGCAGAGCUGCAGGAACACGGUCAACGUGCUGGAGGAGGCGUUGGACCAGGAUCGAACCUCCCUGCAGAAGGUGAAGAAAUCAGUGAAGGCCAUCUACAAUUCAGGACAAGACCACGUUCAAAAUGAAGAGAACUACACCCAGGCUCUGGACAAAUUCGGAAGCAACUUCAUCAGCCGGGACAACCCUGACCUGGGGACGGCCUUUGUCAAGUUCUCCUCCCUGACCAAGGAGCUGUCCGCCCUGCUGAAGAACCUGCUCCAGAGCCUCAGCCACAAUGUGAUCUUCACCCUGGACUCGCUGCUGAAGGGCGAUCUGAAAGGCGUGAAAGGGGACAUUAAGAAGCCCUUUGACAAAGCAUGGAAGGACUACGAGGCCAAGUUUACAAAGAUAGAGAAGGAGAAGCGAGAGCACGCCAAGCAGCACGGGAUGAUCCGCACCGAGAUCACCGGGGCUGAGAUCGCCGAGGAGAUGGAGAAGGAGCGGCGUCUCUUCCAGCUCCAGAUGUGCGAGUACCUGAUCAAAGUCAAUGAGAUCAAGACCAAGAAAGGAGUGGACCUCCUCCAGAACCUGAUUAAGUAUUACCACGCACAGUGCAACUUCUUCCAAGAUGGCUUGAAGACGGCGGAUAAGCUGAAGCAGUACAUCGAGAAACUGGCAGCCGAUCUCUACAAUAUUAAACAAACUCAGGAUGAGGAGAAGAAGCAGUUGACUGCCCUGCGAGAUCUGAUCAAGUCCUCCCUCCAGCUGGACCAGAAGGAGGACUCUCAGAGUAAGCAGGGUGGAUACAGCAUGCACCAGCUGCAGGGAAACAAGGAGUUUGGCAGUGAGAAGAAAGGCUAUCUGCUGAAGAAGAGCGACGGACUAAGGAAGGUGUGGCAGAGGAGGCAGUGCUCAGUGAAGGGGGGCAUGCUCACCAUCUCUCAUGCCACAUCCAACAGGCAGCCGGUCAAACUCAACCUGCUCACCUGCCAGGUCAAACCGAGCGCAGAGGACAGGAAGUGCUUUGAUCUCAUUUCUCAUAAUCGGACAUAUCAUUUCCAAGCUGAGGAUGAGCAAGAGUUUGUCAUUUGGAUCUCGGUGCUGACCAACAGCAAGGAGGAGGCGUUGAACAUGGCGUUCCGCGGUGGGCAGAGCAGCGGAGGCGAGGACGGAUUGGAGGAUCUCACUAAAGCCAUCAUAGAGGACGUGCUGCGCAUGCCAGGCAACGAAAUCUGCUGUGACUGCGGAGCUGCAGACCCAAAGUGGCUUUCCACCAACCUGGGGAUCCUCACCUGCAUCGAGUGCUCUGGCAUCCACCGAGAGAUGGGGGUCCACAUCUCCCGCAUCCAGUCCAUGGAGCUCGACAAGCUGGGGACCUCCGAACUCUUGCUGGCCAAGAAUGUAGGGAACAGUAGUUUCAAUGAGAUCAUGGAGGGAAACCUCACUACCCCUUCACCAAAGCCCACUCCCUCUAGUGACAUGACUGUUAGGAAGGAGUUCAUCAACGCUAAGUACCAGGACCACAGGUACGCGAGGAAGACGUGCACGUCCGCAUCAGCUAAGAUGAUCGACCUGUUUGAGGCGGUUCAGUCCAGGGACCUGCUGGCCCUCGUCCAGGUUUACGCAGAGGGGGUGGAGCUUAUGGAGCCGCUGCCAGAGGCGGGGCAGGAAGCCGGAGAGACAGCACUGCACUACUCUGUUAGGACCGCUGACCAGACCUCACUGCACCUGGUGGACUUCCUCGUGCAGAACAGUGGUAACGUGGAUAAGCAGACGGAAUGGGGGAACACCGCCCUGCAUUACUGCUGCAUGUACGAGAAGCCCGAGUGCCUCAAGCUGCUCCUGCGGGGCAAGCCGGCUCCCGACAUCACCAAUCAGAACGGAGAGACGGCCCUGGAUGUUGCCAGGCGACUGAGGAACACUCAGUGCGAGGAGGCACUUGUGCAGGCUGCCGAGGGGAAAUUCAACCCUCACAUCCAUGUGGAGUAUGAAUGGAGCCUGAGACUGGAGGAGAUGGACGAGAGCGAUGACGACCUGGACGAUAAGCCCAGUCCCAUCAAGAAGGACCGCUCUCCGAGGCCCCAGAGCUUCUGCCACUCCUCCAGCCUCUCACCCCACGACAAGCUCUCCCUGCCGGGCUUCAUCAGCCAGAGGGACAAGCAGCAGCGUCUGUCCUACAGCGCCUUCACCAACCAGAUGUACAGCGCGUCCACCGACCUCACCUCCUCCCCCGUGGCCGACGGGCCGCCGCUGCCCCCCAGGAACCAGGGCAAAGCUCCUCCCCCAUCCGGCCCUCCCUCUACACUCACUCCAGGAGGCAGCUCCACCCUGUCCAAGAAGAGGCCUCCGCCCCCACCUCCUGGACACAAACGCACCCUGUCUGACCCACCCAGCCCGCUCUCUCACAGUCCACACAGUAAAGGGGGCUUGACUGGGGGAAGUGACUCCACCCCGCCUCCUGUCAGCAAGAUGUCUCCUGUGUCUAACAAGUUUGAAGGCAUUCCUCAACAGCAAAGCUCUACUGCAAGCAACACAAAGUCCACACUUGGUCCAAGGGUUCUUCCCAAACUACCUCAAAAAGUGGCAUUGCGGAAGAUUGACACCAUACACCCGUCUAUGGAUAAAUCCAGCCUUCCUCCAGAGGUCUUCCAGAAGUCCCCGCCGGCAACUGACACCCCUCAGAAGGCUCCUCCAGCGGAGAGGCCUCAGCUGGGAGACCUGCCCCCCAAACCGCAGUCGUCUGAUCUCCCUCCGAAACCCGGAGAACUUCCUCCGAAGCCGCAGCUCUCUGACCUGCCUCCUAAACCUCAGCUGGGAGACCUCCCGCCCAAACCCCAGCUCAAAGACCUCCCUCCCAAGCCUCACCUCGCCGACAUCCCCCCCAAACCGGGGGUGGCUGAGGCCGCUCCCAGGCCACCUCCAGAGACGUUGCAAAGGCCUCAAACUCAACCUCCGCCUCCGCCGCAAACCCAAACUCAGCCGCAGGCUCAACCUCAGCCGCAGGCUCCACCUCCACCUGGAGACUCGCCCUCGCCUAAUCAAGCAAAUAUCCCGACCCCCUCCCACCAAACUGCUGAAGACACCAAUGGGACGCCGGUAGGAACCGCGGAGACGCCUGUGCCGCUACCAAGGAAGAUAAACACGGGGAAGAGCAAAUCCCGGCGGGUGAAGACGAUCUACGACUGUCAGGCUGACAACGACGACGAGCUGACCUUUAUGGAAGGAGAGGUGAUCAUAGUUACAGGCGAGGAGGACCCGGAGUGGUGGAUCGGGCACAUUGAAGGAGAUCCGGAAAGAAAGGGGGUGUUCCCCAUGUCUUUUGUGCACAUCCUGAGUGACUGACAGCCAGAGAGACUUGCACUACACCUCCCCCUGAAUCGGGAGCACCUGUAAAUAGCGAUCAUUACACCUCUUGUCACAUGACGAGUGUCUAAAGAAACAAAAAAAAAAACAACGAAGAAGAAGAAAUAACCCAAGAAGGAUGAUCUAACCAUGGAUUCCUCAUCCAUGCUGUACAAAGAAUGUGUGUAUUCUUCCUCUACCAGUAUUAUCUUAACCCUAUAGCACGGCUGUGAUGAAGCCACUCUCAGAACCCUAGCACUUACCUAAAAGUCUAUGUUUAUGCUGUUACUGUGUAUAUAUGUAUGUAAAUAUAUAUAUUUGUGUGUGAGUGUAUAUACAUGUUUUAUUGUACAAAACAUGUACCAUUGCUCUCUGCCUGUCAGACUAAGCAUCAGGGCGGUAGAGGUUGAGUUUUAUCUGUAUUCAUUUUACUGGCCCUCUAAGUAACUAUCGGCAUAUAUUUCUGGAAAAAAGGACAAAUGAGAAAAAGGAUUGUGAAAUAGGUCGCGUCACUAUUCGUGUCUUGCAUCCCCCGUUUGCCCACCAGAAUAGACUGAAGGUGCCGGAGUCUCCCACUGAUCUUUCAUUAAAUGUACUCCUCGUUCUUGCUUGCUUUGUGUGUGUGUACACGUAUUACAGUUGUUUUACAGUAUAGAAACCUGCUGCUACUGUGUGGUGGAAUAUCGAAGCCUGUGGUUCACUGUAGGUCACUAAUUUACUCCUUGUUACACUGUUCACUGUGUGUAUGCUCCUCGUGUGUGAACUCUACUCCCGUCUCCGCAGUGCUUUGACCUUCUCUGUGCAUGGUGUAACAAUGACUGGAAUUGAGUGGAGUGCUGCGUUCUGAGACGCUCACCUCAGGGUUUGAAGAGCCACUAUUAAUUAAGCAGGACUCCACAACCAGUAUCCUGUCGUUUAAAAGCCACUAUUAAUAACAAGUACAGGAAACUCGACAUCUUUAGCAAUAACUUGAUUUUCUGACAGGCUAGACGUUUCACACCAACCUGUGUUCACAGUUCAGUGUCUUGUAAAACCUCAUGAGCUUGAAUUUUUAUUAUAUAUUUUUUUUGUUUUGAGUCAUGUAAUAUCAUUCCACGAUACUGGAUUCAGUACAUUUCCAGGUUUGCCUGUGAACCAGAGAUGUCUUUUAGAUGAAGAGUGGACUUUGUAAGAGGCUGGAGAGCCGAUGUAUUUUCACCCGGUCCUCACUGACUUGCAGUUCUUCCCAUGUUAAGGAACAAACCCAUCAAAUCAUUAAAAGUGCUGUACUUCAACCCUCA